AUGAUGAAGUCUCAGUUGAAAUUCUUUUUGAAGAUAACAAUACAACUUUUGGUGUUAUUCCUGUUCGCACUUCGCUCAACAUUUUUCAGAAAACCUUCUUCCUCCAAAGCUUAUUUCCACUUCGGAAUCACUCCAUCCUCGGAGGCUUUUGAUGAAAAUGUUGCACCUAAGCACGAUGAUGUUGUUGCUCCUCCUCCAGAAAUCACACCUGAAUGUCAUCAAGCUUCUCCUACUCAAGAAGCUCUACACAAUUAUGAUAAGAGAAAGGACGAUGUUUAUCGUAAGUCAGAAAGUUCCAAUAUGGAUAUUGGUUCCUCUGACUAA